AUGGACAUGGUAGAUGCGCGCCAAGCAGAGCGGCGGCUCAUCCAAACCAGUGCCGUCAUCGUGCUCGGUGCAAACCAGGGUCCAGCACUACCCCCUCCGUCGCCACCAACACCAUGUGCCUCUCCGUCCGGUGAUGCUCUCGUAGACCCCCCGGAACCGUUCAGCCUCGAGCACCAUCGACAGCCCCGUCAGAACGCCCACGCGCGAGGUCUUCCGCACCACCCUCUGCGCCGCCACGACGAAUCCCCGGCCACUGAAAGCCGCCUGCGCCGCGGCAUCCACGUCCUGAACAAGGAGGCGCUGGCACUCGCCAACCUGACCGCGCUAUACGAGACAGACCCCGUGGCUCGGGACGGGUUCGACGAGGCUGUCCAGGCCCUCGUUCGGCUGGGCCAGCUUCGUGGCAAACUCGUCAUCAUCGGGGUGGGAAAGUCGGGUCAUGUUGGCAAGAAACUGGCCGCGACCAUGCAGAGCCUCGGUAUUCGGGCCGUAUUCAUGCAUCCUACCGAGGCGUUGCAUGGCGAUCUGGGCAUCAUUGAUUCCCGCGAUUCCCUAAUGUUCAUCACCUACUCUGGAAAGACGCAGGAGCUCAUGCUUUUGCUGCCACACCUCGACCACACGCUGCCUACUAUUCUCCUCACUUCUCAUAUGCGCCGUGAAACGUGCGAGCUCGUCAAGAGACGCCCAAACACCAUUCUCCUGCCCGCCCCCAUCCCGGAAAGCGAGAAGACGUCGUUUGGAGUGUCUGCUCCGUCGACAUCCACCACCGUCGCACUCGCUCUGGGAGACGCCCUGGCCAUGGCCGCGGCGAAUGAGAUGCAUGACAAUGUUGCCGCUGUCUUUGCAAAGAAUCAUCCUGGUGGAGCGAUAGGGUCCGACACGGGGACAGCCUGGGCAGUAGACGUUGCCGCCCAAGAGUCAAGGCCCAGACCGGGAGCAAUCGAGGUCAUCACACACCCCAGCCGCCAGAUCCGCGGAAUCAGCACCGCGGGCUUGACUCAACCGCUCGCAAGUCUCCCCCAUCUGUUCACGUCCCACCCCGACAUGCCGGCCAUGUCGUCCCCUGACACGACGCUGCGCCAAGCCGGCAAGGCAACAUGUUCCAUGCGACGCGGCACGAUAACCCGGGAGGGGGAGGAGACGGACCGCCUUGUAAAUCAGGCCUUUGUCGCUGGUGUCGCGGCAGGUCUUGAGUAG